CAUUGUGAUCUUUGCGACGCUUUACGACGUCGUUUUACGACACUGCACACAGUUUCUCAUCGCUCUUGUUCAAGAUGGCCUCAUCAUUUUGGAAAGGUGUUGUCGGCGUCGGACUUUUUGCCCUAGCGCAUGCAGCUUUCUCGGCAGCACAGCAUCGAUCAUACAUGCGACUCACAGAGAAGGAAAAUGAGACGCUACCAAUUGAUAUUGUAUUACAGACUUUAUUAUCAUUUGUGAUGACCUGUUAUGGUAUUGUCCAUAUUGCUGGAGAGUUCAAAGACAUGGAUGCCUCCUCAGAGCUGAAAAACAAAACAUUUGAUACACUGAGGAACCACCCAUCUUUCUACCUUUUCAAUCACCGCGGCCGGGUGCUAUUCCGUUCACCGGAGGAGGAGCCGUCUUCAGCACAGAACCAGCAAGCUCUUCCGAACCCUAUACGGUUACGCAAGCUGGAGCAUGUGCACUGAGACUGGCCUUUUUUCUGCCUGUAACAUAAUCUGUGUCAGGUGUUUCUGUUCGACUGAGAGCGCAAAGUGAGAAUUGAACUUCCUCCAUUUAAAUUUGUACUUGUACAUAAACUAAUAUCCUGUUCAAACAUGCAUCUCUAUUCAUAGACGUGGUCAACACCAUAUUCAACGCUGACUGUGCCAACCCUUCAGUUUUUCCAAGCAAUCUGUUUGUAAAUGCUUUGGAGUCUUAAGAUACUGAGACAUUUUCCCAGUUUUCCUCCCUUCUGUACUCAGCUGGAAAUUGUACUGUCCUUUGUGUGUCCUAUGUAUGAAGGCCGUACAAACGCUUCUUUCGCCUUUUGAUUUCAACAACACAUCAAGUCUUCAACAGCUAGUUUGUUAACAUUGAAUGAGCCUGUAUGGACUGUGGAUCCUUUGUUUCCUAGAAGCAUAUUUCUACAUCAUUUAUGCAAGAAAAACAUUGAUUUGUGCCACAGGAAGUCAACUUAAGGUGAGAACAGAAACCAUUAGACAUACGUUCUAAUGAUACUGUGAACACUAAUGAAGUAGAAAGUUAUGGUACAUUAGUUUGAAGGUUUUUUUCUUCAUUUCACAUUUUGUUAAAAGUUUUUAAUUUAAUAAAAAGGUGUAAUGAUUUUACAAGGUGUUGAAUCUUGCUUUUCUCAGACAAUAGUGAUUAAACCUUUAACAAUAAAAAUAAAUAUCUGACCAA